AUGGCCGACACGGACAACUAUGAUGCAACAGUAUCACGAGUUUGUCGCUUCGAGACUCUACACCUGCAUGGCCGUAAUGAUCCUACCGUACCGGCCAACAUGGCAUUCGCUCACCUUAAAGACUUUAGCAAGCUCUACUCCCAGACGCUUUCCAUGUCCAUGCUAAAGGAGCCAGAAGAGUUCCUCACCUACCGCCUUUCUGUCAUAUUCCUAAGGGACGAACACAUCUCUCAGCUUGGAGUGACGGGUCCAAAUGGAAAAACCUGCGCUCAGUGGAGUGGCAUUCAGGAUCUCGAGCUCACACCAAAAACAAAUAGAAGAUUAUACGCAAUUGAGCAGCCAUUGGGAGCCCUUGACGAAUCUUAUGGCGAAUAUCCUGAUUACAUUAUUUUUAAGAAGCCUGAGCAUAUUAAGGAGUCUCAGAGAUACUGCAACGGCGCGGAUUAUGUAUCCGCUUGGCUCUUUGCAUCCAGCCUGAGCAUGGAAGGAGCUCAAAAAAGAAGUAUGGAGCUUGAUAGAAUCAAGAGUGGAAAAGGUAUUGAUUCAAAUAUAAGAAUGCUAAGAGCUAAAUACAACAAGGGCGAAAGCUUAUAUUCCGAUAUCUCCGCUGCUCUCUGA